AUGUCAACGACGGCUAACUUAUGUAGGCUAUACUCCUGCAUCUGGACGACAACGGGAACCCUGGAUGAAAUCCACUCCAUCGACUUUGACCUGCGCCCAGUCAACCUCACAGCCGACGACUUAGCUCCCAGCGACAACCCCUCCAAAAUGUUGUCCUACAUCUGGAAGGCCUGUGAAAACGGCUACCUCGAUGAAGGAGACGAUACGCAGUCAUCCUCACCCCAGACCCCGACCGUGGUCGAACACACCACUAUCUUCCCUAGCCCACCACCCAAGUCCUCGUUCUUGUCGAACAAUUGGACGGCGUUGGAUUAUGAUGAAGACUGGGCUUGGGGAGAUCGCCAUUUUUCUGUUGUAGAGGAAUGCAUGCUCUUUUUCUGUUCAGGGAUGUUCAACUUCCGCACCUUCGGAAUCGGGAAAACCUCACCAGCUCCGUUCGCAGCAACUGGUUGUUGUUCUGGGAUCACAAAGAAAGAAAGGAAGAAGUCUCAGCUCGAUGCAUUUCCAUGGGAACCUAUUGAUCAACAAAACAGUCCUGCGCCGACCACUGCUCGUUUCGCUUAA